CCGGGACUCCACACAGGAAGAAGAAAGGGAAAAUCAGAAAAACCUGAACAUGGUAAUGGUGGAGUCCUACUUUAAGGAGGAAGAGGAGGAAAUUCCCAUUGAUACCCGACAAGAUGAACCCGAUGGAGAUGCUCUGCAGAAACAUCCCAAACCUCAGCACUCCAGCGAGAUCUGUGCGGAGGAGGAGGAGGAGGAGGAAGGAACGGAGGAUGAUGAGGGCGGAACCCUCAGGGGUCUGAAUGUCAUCAUCAAAUCAGAGACUGAGGAGGAGGAAGAGGCGGUGAUCAAAAGGGAAGAGGUUACAGACAUCAUCCCAGUUGACUUUCAGAAGAAGAAUCCUCAAGACUACAGGACAGCAAACGACACUGAAUCCAAAGAGCGCCUGUCUGUGUGGAAAUCAGAAGAUGUCUCAGGGUGGGGCACCGAACCUAUGGCGAGCCCAAAGAUCCUGACCAUCAACCACCAGACUUUGACAGGCGAUAAGCCCUUUUCAUGCACAGAGUGCGGCGGGUUCUUCAAACACAAGUCCAGCCUUGUUCUCCACCGGCGUAUCCACUCGGGGGAGAAGCCGUAUUCUUGCUCCGAGUGCGGCAAACAGUUUAUCCAGAAGGCGAACUAUCUGCGACACCAGCGGCUCCACACAGGCGAGAAGCCGUACAAAUGCACCGAGUGCGGCAAAGAGUACGCACAGAAGCAGAGCUUGGUGAUGCACCAGAAGUUCCAUGCUGAAAACGAACCUUUCUCUUGCCCUGAAUGCGGCGCCAAUUUUAUUAGACAGUCGCACCUGGUCAACCACAGGAAGACUCACAAAGGCUUUCGGCGCUACACAUGCCCGGAUUGUGGAGACUUUUUCAUGCUAAGGUCAAGUCUGGUCAUCCAUCAGAGGGUCCACAGUGCAGAGAAGCCCUUUUCAAGCUGAGAGGGGCAGUGGCAUGACCAGACUGGCACAGCGGGAAAAGACUUGUGCUUCAGCACGCGCUCUUGCUGCUGUCGCUCUUGGCGCUGUUCAGCAGCCAAGAUGCUAAAAGAGGAACAGGAAUGGACACUACUUUUUUUUUUUUAGGAUCCAUAAAAGUCUAACCCACAUCCCUGUCUUGUAUACUUGUCACCAUGGCAGACGUGGGUGAUAACUCUGAGA